CGCACCGCUAGUGCUAGUAGGUCGCGCUUUCCAACCUCCUAGGCGUUUUUCUUCUGCUUGACUGCUUUUCUUUUUUUGGAAAAAAAAAAGCGCCAAAUCGUGUGCUGAAAAUGCUGGACAAGACGCUGGACUUCCCCGGGAAGAAGUGAAUUGGGUGAAGUGGGUGAAAUGCAAGAUGAUAGUUUGUUUUGUUCUUUUAUUUUACGCUCAUGGUACCUUAGAAUAUGGGUACGAUUCCGGUGGAGAUCAAUCAACCUGCGGCCGUCCAUAUCGUUCAGGCAAGAUGUACCAACCCCCCUGUGACCUAGUCAAGCAGGGCUACUGCACCUCGGCUGGCAAGACCUAUCCUUGGCAUGCAGUACGGAGGUUCAUCAAAGACAACCAAGGCUUGAUGCGUAGGAUGUAUGGAGACCAAAGACAUGGACACGUGCUGAAAACCGAAUUUCAAGACGAGCCUGAAGUAUUGGCGCCCAUUGAAAAUAGCCUGAGAUAUUCAAGAUACCAUUUUGAACAAGCGGAAAAUGAAGAUAACGAAGUGGAAAGCGAAGCUAGAUUUUUGCGCGACGAUUUAGCAAACGAUGACAUCCUUAACACCAAAUUCAUCUACUCGGAAGAACCAAUUAUCUCCAUUAAACUAGCCGGUUUGCAAACGGCGCCGCAUUUCCGUCAAAACACGGAUCGUACCACCAAAAGUACCCCUAUGAAAAAGUACGAAGAACCCCCUACCACCACGACAGAGGCGUACGAUGAUACGUCGGAUGAGGUUAGUACUACUGAAAAUUUCGCUGAAAGCACCACUUAUUUAGUGAACGAAACUAGGGAGGACGGUACCACUACGACGGCUAGUAGUACCACUACGACGGAAGGUGUGUCGGAGGCUAAAAAAACUGAUGAAAAGGAGAACUUGGAGACUGUGUUAUUUCAGGAUAUGGAUAAUGAGGAAAAUAAUAAUAAGAAGAAGAUGCAUGUCAACUACAAUAUCAAAGGAGUCAACGCCUGUCCUGUGCGCGAAGAAGUAGUGGCCCCCUUUUGGGCCAACAACACACGCGGCGAAGUCCUCGCCCUCCUCAACAUGUACCCCUUCGAACAGUACGUACACUGGGAAAAAUGCACGUUCGAACACCGCCAGAUGUAUUGCAGGGACGGCUGUAGGUGCGAACAGCAGUACCGGCUUCACAGAUUGUUGGCCUACGAUCCCAGCAACGAGUGCAGAGGAAUUUUUUCUGAUUGGUUCAAAUUUCCUUCGUGUUGUAUUUGUAAAUGUUACGAUAUGCCGGUGGAGUUUCGAGUGACGUCUAGGAGUCCCAGGUAUCAGUUUUCUUCUGAUGAAAAUUAAGGAAAACGUUCUAUUAUUUUUUGUUUCGUAUAUAAAAGUGGAUAUUUAUUCGAAAUAUGUCAACAAACUCUGCUCUCUCUACAUAUAAUAUACUAUUGGGUAAAUUUUUACUCUUACCCGACAAAAUACUUGGUAUUUCAUAGUACAAAUUCAAUAUAUUUAUUAAAAUAAACCUUUAUAACCAGUAAUAAAAUUUUCGUAAAAGUGACUAAUCUAUUUAUGUAUCAGCUCAAAAAAAUAAAAACCAAAGGAUACCAUGUCUGGGCAAAACUGUAGCAGGACUAAAAUCAUGUCUUAAGGUAUUCCUGUUCCUAUUAUCAACUACCAAGGUACUUUAAAACAAUAGACUGACUAAUGAGUUCAAAGUCUUUCGUGGAGGAUGCUCAAUAGGUCAAAUGAGGCCUAAAUGCUCCAGAUAUAUACUUAGACCUUUCAAAUUAUGAUAAAUAAUUGAAAAAUGUUCUUGCGAAAAUGUAAACACUGAGAAACAAGUGUAUUUUUAGAAAAGCAGGACAAAAACUCUAAGAAAAAGAGGAAGAAGAAGACACAAAAAUAAGGUAUCCCAUUUUAGAAGGAAUAAAAAAAGAAUCACACUCCAUUGAAAGAGCAUAUACAAAUAAAAAGCUAAAAGAUCCGAAGAAGAAAAUGUUUAAGUUUGUGAGUAACAGAUGAGAGAUAGAUAGAGAUUCAAAACAUU